AAGCGGAGCCAGUAAAUUGGAUGUUUGUGAUUUUUGAAGCAGCAUUAAUACUGAAAGGGAAGAAAGGUGCUCCCUAACAUACAUGUCGUUGACCUUGUAUUUAUUUUGUUAUCCGAUUUGUUGAGGAUCACGUCUUAAAUGCACCCGAAUUAUUACAAAAGAACGACCUGGUUUCUUCACUUUAAAUUGUGCACGAAUAAGAUAAUAAAGAAUGGGGACAGAGAUAUCCAAAGAUGGAAGAGAAAAAGUCCUGGUGGACGCUAAAAGUGAAUAUAUUGAUGAAGUUCUGCAACAGGAAGUCCAUGACAGCGAUGAAGAUCAUGAGAGCGAUGGAUACGAUGAAUGCGAUGGAGAAUUUGGUGAAUUGGAAAAGCUUGCACACACCAUUGACCCAAAAGAUUAUGUUGAUCAGUACCCUUUUGAAAAUCUCAUUUUCGAGGGAGGUGGAGCAAAAGGGAUUGCGUAUCCUGGUGGAUUGAGGGCGUUAGAGGAAGUUGGUAUUAUGAAAAAGAUAAAAAGAUUUGCCGGUACAAGCGUCGGCUCCAUAACGGCAACAAUGGCUGCGCUUGGCUACAAGAGCACUGAAAUUAGAGAAGUCAUGUCGACGGAUUUUUCGAAGUAUUAUGAUGCUAGGUUUGGAAAAUUCAGUUUCAUUCCAAAUCUCCUCUGGUAUUUGGGAUGGCAACCGCUCCUUACCCUGUAUGAUUAUAUAGGAGAGAUAGUUGAAAAGAAACUUGGCGACAAAGAUGCUACAUUUGAUCAACUUUACAAGAAAUUAGGAAAGGAAUUGUGUAUUGUUGCUACAAAUCUUAAUGAUAUGGAAGAGACCUAUUUUCACCCUAAAACUACACCCAAAAUGCCUAUCAGAAAGGCGGUCCGUAUGUCUAUAAGUCUUCCAGGAAUAAUGCAGCCUAUUAAACAUACAGACUUUGGAGUGGAAAGUAUGUAUGUAGAUGGUGGUGUACUCAUCAAUUAUCCAAUAGAAUGUUACGAUGGGUGGUGGCUUUCAAUGAAAAAGGAAGAUUCGUUUUUCGAAAGAUUACAACCCUUGGAGAAACUCCCAUUUAUUAUGGACAGAAAAAACAGAUUUGCUCGUGAUGGGACCCAAUCGUCUAAAUCGCUGGGAUUUAUACUGUAUUCUGAGGACGAGAUUGAAUCGUUCAAGUCAAUAUUUGAAUCAAGAAGGAGAAAAACAGUACAGUUUCCAGAUACACCACUGGGGAGGAAGGCAACACAGAAAAUGGAAAACGAAAGGAAGCUGAAUAAAGAACACAAAUGCGUGAGAACUGCAGUUAGCAAGUUUUUAAAGAUACUGCAAAAGUAUAACCUUGACAAAGAUGAAUUUAUAAGCAGAGACGAACUAGAAAAUGCCAUUAGAAGUGAGGAACUUUCUCAUUGUGACAAGAAACGUCUGUUUGGGAAGAAUGUUACUGUUGAUGAAGUGAUGGCGAAACUAGACAAGGAUAAAAACGGAAAGAUCAGUUAUGAAGAGCUGGUUUCAUUCAUUGAAGAAACAGGGAUCUCGGUGGUUCACAGAAGAUUAGGGUUUGGUAGACAACAAGUGGAUACAUUUCUUUCUUUGCUUCAGACCCUCUACAAUACAAUGUCAUUGAAUAUUGUACGGAUAUCAGUCAGCGCGGCAGAUGUGUCACGUACAGUAGGCUUGAACUCGCAUUACAUAGGAACCCUCACAUUUGAUUAUACCAAAGAGGAUGCAGAUUUUGUCGGACAGGAGAGUUACAACACCACUUUGGCAUUCUUGAAGAAUUUCGUGGCAAAACUCAAAAUGGAGGAAAAAGCCAGAGCUCCUUUCAUAAGCACGAAGAAUGAGUUGGAUGGUUGAAAAAAAUGUGAAACGUUUCAUAAGAAACUUUCAGCUGACAUAAUAAUGGUUUGCUUCUAAAGUCAAUCAUUCAGAAUGUGAAUAAUGACACUUACAUGUAUAAGGUACAACAUAUGCGUGCAACAUUUUUUAACAAUCUAUGCGGUGUAUACCAUUUAUGUAUAUGGUGUUUUUAAUUACACUUAUAAAGUACAACACAUGCAUGAAACAUUUUAAUAAUCUAUUUAGUACAUUACAUCUAUGUAUAUGGUUUUUUUUAUUAUUCCAAGACAAAAAAAUCAGUACUCUCAACCUGCUUAUAAAAGUGAU